AUGCUUGAUAAAGACCUGAAAAUCGUAGAAGACAUUCCAGUUCCAGGCCUACCGAUGCUCGUGGAAAAUUUUCUGAAAGUGCCUGGCGCAUAUGAUGCCAUCAAGACUUUUGCGAACGACUAUAAAGUUUCCCUGUUGGUUCUCGUAGGUUUAGACGCGUCGAAUGGUGUCAAAAGAGAUGUGGCUGUCUAUUGGAAGAGUACCGGUUCAGCCCUGAAGGAUCACUUGCUUCAGAAGUUGUGGAAUAGUAAGAAGUUGAAAGGAUAUGACCUAUCCUUGAGUGAAGUGAGGACUGAGUUUACUGAUAUUGUGUGUUUGAAAGUAAAUAAUAUUAAAAUGUCUAGGAAGCAACUUGUACCUUUGGUACAAGAUGCAGUAGUUGAAAAUAGGUUAGACACUGAUGAAUAA